AUGUCUGAUUUUGCCAGUUUUCAUCGUCGUCAACCCCCAAGUCCCCUCGUAUUCGCUCCAGAGUCAGUGCUACCACAGCCUAUUUCUCAGUCAAACAGUAGCACCUCCUAUGGUUCAGGUUCAAAUACUGUCUCCAUGCCUUUCGUUCGACGACAUGUCACUCGUCGUCUCAAGACUGCAAAGGCAGAUUGUGACAAGGAGCUACGUCGUGUGAUAAACAAUAUCACCGCCUUCUUUGAAGAGAGACUCCGCGAUGGUGACCAAGAACGCGACAUCGAUCGGGACUAUAGGGAUCGGGACAGGGACUUCGACCGUGACUCUCAGUACGGUGACGCAGAGCCUCUUCGUGAGGCCUUCAUAUACCACUCUUCGGAUCCUCGGCCUGCUUCACAGGCUGAUACUUAUUCUGACAGCGGCCAUGAACUUGAACAAGAAAGAAGUCAUAGUCGGCAACGUGCGUUACCAGAGGACGACAGUACAAAGGUUCCCUCUCUGACUCAUCGGGUCUCAUCGCCCGGUCUUCUUGUAGCAUCAAAUUCUUCUCUCAGUCCCUCCUUACGAAGGCAUAGCAAUUCGACAUGGGAAAAACAAUCUGGGGCUUCCAGUAACCAUGUCCCUAGCCCCAUUGUUGCGUCUGCCACGCUGGCAGAUGUUGUCAACCCUCGCAAGCAGUCCAAUACGAUGCCUCCCACGACAUGGCCUCCUCAGAGUAUAUCUUCCCGUAGGCUUUCACGCAGCGUUCACAUUCCCAUCCGUCCAGUUAAAUCCGGGCAGAGUUCUCGCUCAACCUCCCGGUCUAGGUCCCCACUUCCGCCGGCCGCAACACACAAUAGCUUUUCCGAGGCCAUUCCUCCGCCUUCUUCCAUCAAUCGUCGCUCUUCCCGCAUAAUACUGGAUGAUCCUAUUGAUCCCAUUAUGACUGCGCUUUACGACCUCAUUGGCGUAGCAACAGAUGUCACCGAUAUGUCAACAGCCUCACUCACAGCCCAGCCUAAAGUUUGUGAGUCACUCGUUCAACGGGUACAGACUAUUGGUAAGGCGUGGGAUGAGCAUCCAGACUGGCAUGGGCGGAACUGGUAUGUGCAAGUUCUACUUGCCGUUGCUAGUCUCAGCCGUGUAGUCGAAUGGUGGGAGGCCGAAAAGCAAUUCUGGAAUUUCGAUGAUAAUGAGGACGAACAAGACGAACCCCUCAUGUUCGUCCUGAAGCCACCUGACGAGCAUCCUCCAGCGCCUACACCCACUGUCCGCAGUCGCCAGGAGGAGCUACGUCUUACGGCCGAUGAUGAAAGUCGACUUCGGUUGUCAAGGCCGAUGAGCCAGGGAAGGCGGUCCAGAGAUGAUGUUCCAAAAGAUCUUUCAUUCUCAUCUGUUUCGCCGGAACAGCCGGCAAGAAAAGCCGUUGAACACAAUGAGUCUGCACGGGUACUGGCGACCGAAAGAUUACGUCUGCAAGCUGAGACUGCACAGAACCAAAACAUUGUGAUGGAGCUAAGUUUAGACGGCGACCACUUCAUUUGGGUCAAUUAUGCAUGGAGAGUUGUUGUCGGGACGGAGCCAUCGGAACUUGCGGGAACUAGAAUUUCACAUCUUCUCGCCCCUGCAGAUUGUUCCGUUUUUCGGGAUGCUACUUAUCAACUACAACAGGAUGAUUCGCAUACUGUAGAGGUGCGCUUUGGACUUCAAGUCGAGCCAGAGGGCGACCAUGAUGCAUCAAUAUCUGGCGUUCUUUAUCAACAAAUGGAGGGCAAAGGCAUGCUCAUGAUCGACCGUGAGGAUGCACAACCGUCUCACACGAUGUGGGUUGUCAAGCCAGUAGGUCCCCCACGAUGGGAUUAUCCUUCGCCCUCCAUUGUCCUGGAAUCCGGUGACGUUGAAGAUGAACCCAUUAUUGAGGAGCCUUUGAAAGAAGUGCUUGGCCGACCGCUCAGGACUCGAACCACCGACGCCCUUUCCCUUCACGCAGCCGAUUUCUACGGAGCCCAUAUUGUGUCGGAUAUGCGAGUGUCAAAUCCCACAAGUGCUGAGAUUGUCGAAUGCAACGAGUCUAUUGGCGAGCUCAAGAACACGAUCCGAGAUAUUAUGGCCACCAUGGAUACCCCUUCCUCAACUUCGCCCCCCGAAUACAGAGGUGUCCCCAUUUUCACGCACUCAAGUUCGCCAAGCAUCCCUAGUCCCUUGCAGUUAUUCCGGCGGGAUUAUAUGCAGAGGUUGAGCAUGAAGAAGGCACAGCGCAGGCUGUUGGAAUCGCUAGACGAGAUUCUCCUGGUUGCUUCUGAGAUUUCUAUGCCUUCUCUUAAGGAGGAGGAGUCGAAGGAGCCAAUCGAGCGUCAGCGGUUGCUUUCGCCAGGAUCGGAGCGGAAGAUGUCCCAGAUACGUACAUGGUGUCGGCCGUCUGUUGAGGAUGCUGCUCUCUCUCAGCUUGCUGAAGACGUAGAGCGUAUCAUGAGGCAGAAGGUCGAUAAUGUUGUUCGGAUGCAGAAUACCAUCAAGUACUCCGAGAAGAUCUGGCACGAGUGGGAGGAGAAAGUUACCGAGAGUCUAGCGAUUGUUGAGGCGGGUGAGAGUAGCGACAGUGAAGAUGAGGGCGAAUAUCAUGAUGGAAUUGAACCAUCGAUUCUAUCUAUUCCCGAAGACGCAGAGGCACCGGUCGACGACGAUCGUGCCACCAACCAAUCCGAAGAGCUUCUGUCAUCCGAGCCUACUCCCAUGGCUUCUGCGUCUCCUGUAUUGAUCGCUACCCCAGAUGCUAGUCGCGCCUCCGUUUCUGCUCCUGUACCUCAGUUUGCUUCCCCAGUGUGGCAAAUCAUCAACAAGAUGCCCACAAGGUCAUCCACGCCAUCAUCGAUAUCAUCACCUCUUGCUUUAGCCGCCCCAAUCACGGCAUCACCAUCUCCAGACGAUCAGCCUCCAUACAUGGACCUCAAUGACACUCAACCAGAGAAUGCUACCGUUAGAACACGACGAUCGGCCAGCAACCUUCUGGAACCGCGGCUUUUGGUUACCCCGCCUAUGUCACCCAGUAUAUCCCCUCGAGAUGCUCCUACUGCUACACGACGCGGACAUCGCCGUCAUUCUACGGUGAAUCCGACAUUUAGUCCUUCAGUGUCAAACGUCCCUCUAUCUCCUCGUCAAUCAUCUACAGCUCCUUUAUCAAGAUCGACUCCGACUUCUAUCAAAGACUUUGACAUCAUCAAGCCUAUCAGCAAAGGCGCUUUUGGAUCUGUCUUCCUUGCGAAGAAGAAGGCGACUGGAGACUAUUACGCUAUCAAAGUUCUGAAAAAGGCCGACAUGAUUGCGAAGAACCAGAUCACGAAUGUCAAGGCGGAGCGCAUGAUUCUUAUGAAGCAGGCUGAGUCCCCGUUCGUCGCCAAAUUGUACUUCACAUUCCAGAGCAAGGAAAACUUGUAUCUGGUUAUGGAGUAUUUGAAUGGUGGUGAUUGUGCCGCUCUCAUCAAGUCCUUGGGCUCACUUCCCGAAGAGUGGACGAAGCAAUAUAUUGCUGAGGUUGUAUUGGGACUUGAGUAUCUCCACCAGCGUGGCGUUGUUCACCGUGAUUUGAAGCCUGAUAAUCUUCUUAUCGACCAGCACGGUCACCUGAAGCUCACUGAUUUCGGUUUGAGUAGGAUUGGUCUCCUUGGUCGUCAAACGCGCGAACCCAUGGGUAUGGGUAUGCGACAUCGCACAAGAUAUGAUUCGCGUUCGCGACCGCCUUCAAUUGACUCUGGCUUUCUUUCAUCGCCCUUACUUUCAACCGAAAUGAUUGGUGGAGGUUCGUAUUUUAGCCAAGGAACACAUCCGGUACCACGACAGGGAAUUUCGCCUUAUCAGCUUUCCACAGAUGACGCAAGCGAAUCAGGUUCCGAAUCUAUAUACAAUCAUCAUUCACGCCGAAGCAGGGCUGGUGAAAGUCCUCUGCAAUCAUUUGCCACGGAACUGACCACUGACUUACGCUCAUACUCGGGCGGUCAUACUCCCCCGGGGGAGCAGAAGUUUGUUGGUACGCCAGAUUACCUUGCUCCAGAAACCAUUCUUGGUCUUCGUGGAGAUGAUGCUGCAGUGGACUGGUGGGCUCUCGGUGUCAUAACUUACGAAUUUUUAUACGGCAUUCCCCCUUUCCAUGCGGAGACGCCAGAGAAAGUUUUCGAGAAUAUCUUGUCUGGACACGUCGAGUGGCACGAAGACUGGGUGGAGUUCUCCGAUGAGGCUCGUGACUUUAUGCAACGGCUGAUGUGCAUAGACCCAUCCGCUCGUCUCGGGGCUGGUGGCGCAGAUGAAAUUAAGGGGCAUCCCUUCUUUGAAGGCAUAGAGUGGGACAAAGUGACGUCUGCAGAGGCGGCAUUCAUUCCUCAAGUUUCUGAUCCUGAAUCAACCGAUUACUUCGAUCCGCGUGGGGCUAUACCUCAGUUAUUCCACGAGGAGGAUAUCGCUAUCUCGAACCCUAUGGAUAGCCCGUCGCUCACACUGCCUCCCCCAGCACAGCCUAUACCAAUGCUGGGCAGUCGCGAUGCAGCUCCGUCACCUGCUAGUGACGAUUUUGGGUCGUUCAGUUUCAAGAACUUACCGGUCUUAAAACAAGCGAAUGACGAUGUUAUUCGCAAAUUGAAGACCGACCAACUGGCCCCGAUGACGCAUGCCUUAUCCGACCCGGUAGGCUCGCAUAGCAGGAGGAAGAGCACCUCACAGAGAUUCAGGAAGCCGCCCAGUGUAGUGACAGCUCUAGAUCAAAAGUCGUUUUCUCAGGGUCCUCCUUCACCAUCAACGUCCACUUCAUCUAUAGCUUCAUCUCCUUCACGAGCAAGUAUACCUCCUUCGACACCUGGAAGCAGUAAUGGCAGUCACGCGCGCAAGCCGUCUGAAUUUGGAGCAUUAGAACGUUUCAAAUUCAAUCAUCUGGACGGUGUGGAGCGGAGGAACACGAUGCCAAGCCGUUUGCGCAAGGCGUCUGUUUCUAGUAGUGUUGGCGAAGGUUCUGGCUCUGACCACUGGCCCUCGUCGGCGGGGCAAAGUUCGAGUCAGUUCGACACACCUCCUUCAUCCGUUCAUUCGAUCGACUUGAAGAAAGGGCCCGAUCCCACUGACCGUGCGGUGACUUGUCUGCUCGCCGAGGAUAACCCAAUAACUGCCAAAAUACUCGAGACGCUUCUCAUCCGUCUUGGUUGCCGCGUCGUCGUGGUUGCGGAUGGGUCAGAGGCCAUGAGCGUUGCCAUGGGUGAUAUCAAAUUUGACUGUAUCCUCAUGGAUUUACAUAUGCCAGUCGUUGAUGGUGAGGGUGCUGCUCGAUACAUCAAGACAACCAAUGGCAGGAAUUCCAACACACCUAUGGUUGCUGUUAGCGCCUACAGUGCUGCAGAUACGAACGACAGCAGCUUAUUUACUGCCUCACUCACUAAACCCGUGCAGAGGGCUGAUCUUCUAGCCGUCAUGCGGAGACUUGGAUUCAAGACUUCGGCCGUACAAGGCCUUUCUGCAAAAGUAACUGCAUCUCGUGUAUCAUAA